AUGGAGAAAGAUAUAAUAUGUGAGAAUCAUCAAAAAGAUGAAAAUUGUGAUAAAAUUAAAGACAGUAAUAUUGGUGGGGAUAUUAUAAGUCAGGAAAAAAAAACAGACGAUUUAAAGAGUGCCAAGAAAAGCAAGAAAAAUAAAAACAAGAAAAAAAAUAAAAGAAAAAACACGAAAAAAAAUAAAAGCAAAAACAAAAGCAAAAACAAAAACAAGAAUGAGAAUGAGAAAAAUGAAAAUGUAGGAACAGGGGAGGAAAUUAAUUCCAUAGUUAACUUUUUGAAAAAAAACGAACCAGAAUAUGUACAAAAAGAGGAUAAUAAAAAAAACAUUGAAGAGGUGGAAAAAAAAGAAGAAAAUAUAUCUUUGGAAAUUAGUCCACAAAAAAAAGAAAAGGAAAAGGGAAAGGGAAAAGGAAAGGAAAAAACCAAAGCGAAAAAGAAUAAUAACACAGAUAUAGACGAACAAAACGAUCGAACAGUGUUUGUAGGCAACAUACCUUUAAAUGAUGUAAGCAAUUUGAAGUUGCUAAAAAUAUUAGGAAUUAAUAAAUCAUUAGUUGAAUCGGUAAGAUUCAGAUCAUUGCCUUUGGAAGAAAAAUAUGCAAAUAAGAAAAGACUUGGAAUCAUGUUAAAAAAAUUUACGAAUGUAAAGGACAAUAAAAAUGCAUUAAUAAGAAUGAAAAGGAAAGAGGAUAUUCCCUUACUUUUGGAUAAAAAUGGAACCGUGUAUAAUGGACAUGUUUUACGAAUAAAUAAGUUGGGCGAUCAAAAUUAUUUUAGUCGAAAAAAAUCAAUAUGUCUUAAAAAUUUAGAUAGAAGUUUAAACGAAAAAGAUUUGUAUGAAUUGUUUAAGGAUAUCGAUGAAAUAAAAGGGGUUCGGGUAUUAAGGGAUGUCGAAAAUAGCCAAUCAAGGGGUGUUGCUUUUAUAUUAUUUAAGAACAGAGCUUCUGUUAAAAAGGCUAUAAACAUGUUUAAUGGAAAAGAAAUAAAAGAUAGAGUUAUUACUGUUGAAAAGUUAUUAAAUGAAAAAGAGAAUGAUAAAAAUUACAAAUCAAAGAAUGAUUUUAAAAAAAACGAGCCAAAAAAAAUUAAACAAAAAAACAAAAACCGUUUCAAACAUCGCCCCAAUAAUGGAAACGUCAAAAUUGGAAAUAAAGUCAAGAGGAAACGUCAAAAUUGGAAAUAA